AUGAACUCUGACAAAACAAAUAUUCUCAAAAAAUACAAAAUUGUCUUUUUGGGAGAUCAAAGUGUCGGUAAGACCUCUCUAAUUACACGAUUUAUGUAUGAUACAUUUGAUGAAACUUAUGCCACUACAAUAGGGAUUGACUUUUUAAGUAAAACUAUGUACCUUGAAGAAGGAAAAACUGUGAGAUUGCAAUUGUGGGAUACUGCAGGACAAGAGAGAUUUCGAUCAUUAAUUCCAUCGUAUAUUCGUGACUCGCACGUAGCUGUGAUAUGCUACGAUAUUACUAAUAAAAAGUCUUUUUUGAAUCUCGAUAAGUGGAUAAAAGAUGUUAAAGUGGAGAGAGGUGACGAUGUAGUGAUUGUGCUAGUUGGCAACAAGCUGGAUCUUGCAAAUACCAAGCGACAAGUGAGUGUCGAAGAAGUUGAGCAAUUGCAUAACAAGAUUGGGUCUAAUUUUUUUAUAGAGACAUCCACAAAGGCUAACCACAAUGUCAAGCUAUUGUUCAAGAAGAUUGCCCAGUCGUUGCCAGAUUUCAACAAUGAUGAAGAUGAGGAGAAUCAAGAGCAGGCCAAUACGAAUAAACCGGAAACUAUAAAUAUAACGAUUGAAAAUGAUGAUAAGAAUCAAGGUACGAGUUCAUGUUGCUAG